GCCGCCCGGCCGCUCCGGGGACGGGCCGGGGCGGGGCGCGGCAGCAGGAAGCGGGGCGGGGACUCGCGGAGGCGUUGAGGAGCGAGGGAGGGCGCGGCCAACUCCCGGAGGGACGGCAGGCCGAGAGAGCGGCGCCUCGGCCUGGCGCCGAGCCUGAGCCCGCCGGACGGCAGGCGGCCCCGCCGCGGGCUCGGCCCCGGCCCCAGCCCCGGCAGCAUGGCCGGCCGGACCGUACGGGCCGAGACCCGGAGCCGGGCCAAGGAUGACAUCAAGAAGGUGAUGGCGACUAUCGAGAAGGUCCGGAGAUGGGAGAAGCGCUGGGUGACUGUGGGCGACACUUCCCUUCGUAUCUUCAAGUGGGUGCCAGUGGUGGACCCCCAAGAGGAGGAGCGAAGGCGGGCAGGUGGAGGGGCAGAAAGAUCCCGUGGCCGGGACCGCCGGGGUAGGGGUGCCAGCCCCCGAGCAGGUGGCCCUCUCAUCCUGCUGGAUCUCAAUGAUGAGAACAGCAACCAGAGUUUCCAUUCUGAAGGUUCCCUCCAAAAGGGCACUGAGCCCAGCCCUGGUGGCACCCCUCAGCCCAGCCGCCCUGUUUCACCUGCUGGACCUGCAGAAGGGGUCACGGAGGAAACUCAACCUCCACGACUGGGCCAAGAGAGAGAUCCCGGGGGCACACCUGCAGGCAGCACUGAUGAACCCCCAAUGCUGACCAAGGAGGAGCCUGUUCCAGAAUUGCUGGAAGCUGAGGAUUCGGGAGUCAGAAUGACAAGGAGAGCCCUCCACGAGAAAGGCCUGAAGACAGAGCCCCUCAGAAGGCUCCUACCCAGAAGGGGCCUCCGGACAAAUGCCCGGCCUAAUUCCACUGGGCCUGAUACGAGAGCUCCCGGGGCAGGAAGCAAGACCCCUAGGGCACCCAGGACGAUCCCCCAAGGGAAGGGGAGGUGAGCCUGCUCCCCGGGCAAGGCAAGGCCCUCAGGGGCUCCGCUGGCCACCCCAAGAUUCAGCCACCCACCCGUACCCUGCGGGCAGAGCUUCCCAGCUUAAAACCCACCGCUGGAACGUCAAGGGCAAGCGUUUCUACCCUUGCCCUGAACCUAAGGUCACGGAACCCAUCUUGCUCCCCACCUGCGCCUUAGUGUGUGGGAAGAAAUUAGGGCAGACCUCGGACCAUACCAAGCGCCUGAGGACGCCUCGAGGAGACCUAGCGGCGCCUGGAGCGCACCGGAAGUUGGACACCAGACUGCCUUGCCAGCCUCCUCACACCAGCCCCGCCACGCGCCAAAUGGCCGGAGUGUGCGUGCAACACGGUCGUGGCCUUGACUCUUGGAGAGGGGCCCUGUCCUGUUGGUGCAGUGCCGCAGGGACCACACCAGUGAGGGGCUGCACCAUCACGAGGGGUGCUGGAGGUGCCAAAGACUGGCCUUGAGCUGCCCGCACCAUCACGUGAUGCCCACACGGCUCUGCGACGCCACGUAUGCGUGGGGACUGGGUGCUGCAGGCGCCUCCCCUAGAGCGUGGGUGCCUGGCCUCUGAGCUGCUGGAACUUACACCAGGGUGCUAAUAUUGCCAGCCAACCUAGGAACCCACAUGGUCCACAGGCCUUCCACCCUACCUCCUGCUGCAGGACCCACAUGGAGGGACGGAUGGAGACUUCUGGGGCAGCCCUAAGCCAACCCACCCUACCUGGAAAAUCCCCACCUGGAGAAACCCAUGGUGAAUGAGUGGUCCAAGGGCUCUCACCAACCUCUUGCUUCCUGACUUUAUUAUUGGGCCUAUCAUACUAGGAAAUAAUAGCAGCUCCCAUUUAUCAAGAGCUUACUCUGUGCCAAGCAGUGUGGUUUAUGGGAAUUAUCUCAUUUAAUCCUCACAACAUCCUUGUAUCAUAGAUAUUAUCAGCAUUUUACAGAUGGAGAAACAGUCUCCAAGAGGUUAAGCGACUUGCCCGAAGUCACACAGCCAGUGUGUGGCAGAACCAGCAUUCGGACCCAGGUCUGCCUGUCUGACUCCACAGCUGGUGCUAGUAUGCCACUUCUUGUGCUGGACACGGUGGGAUUAAGGCUGUGGGUUUGACAAGGCGUCCAUUUAUGGAGCAUCCAUUUUUCUCAGUGGUAAAUUAUACAGAACACUUUUCAUACUAAGGUACUUGAUGGGAGGAAAGCAAACAUUUGUACCAAUGAUUGAGAUCACUUAGAAAUUUGAUGCUUAAGACUAGUGCUUCCGGUUCAACCCAUGGAUCCCUGGAGAGCCCUCUUUUCAGACCUCUCUAGAGUGAUAUUGGUGAAGGAAGCCCAAAUCAGAACCAGCUCCUGUGUGGGAGCUUCCUGGAGGUGUAGGAAGAGGGCCUCUGUGCACCAUUUGCUAUCCCACUGAGUUGCUUGGGAAGCUGAAAUAACAAAGAUCUGUUAAUCAAGGUUUCCAAAUUUCCAACAGAUAUUAAUCAUCAGAACUUAGAAAGGAAAAACUAGAAUUCUAAGGAAUUCCUGAAAUCUGUUAUUCUGUAUUUUUCAUUAACUUUCUGUAUUUUUAAAAACAAGUAAAUACACAUUUAGUAGCUAUUAAAAAGAACUGUAGUCCCGGCUGGGCGCACCCUUAUAAUCCCAGAGGCUCAGGAGGCUGAGGCAGGAGGACCACAAGUUCAAAGCCAGCCUUAGCAAUUUAACAAGGCCCUGUCUGUAAAUAAAAUAUAAAAAAGGGAUGGGGAUGUUGCUCAGUGAUUAAGCACCCUGGGUUCAAUCUCUGGUACGAAACAAAACAAAACAAAACUGUAGGCCAUAGCAGGUAUUCCAAAACUGGAAAUGCCAGCAAACACUUUUGGGUAACAUUUAAAUAACAAAGUGUUUAAAUAACUAGAUUCAUGAAUCUAGUUCAUGAUUUCACAGUCAUGAAUUGAAAUUGCCAAUAUAAGACUUGUUUACGAAUCAUUUUAUUUCUUAGAACAUCAUUCACAGGAUUUGUAUAAAAUAUGCUAUGCAUGGAAAUAUGUUAUCUUAUUUGCGAAUGUGACUCACUGUUAACUGCACACAGACCCACAAUACAAUUUUUUCCCCCAUUCUGGGGUGCUCUGCCACUGAGAAAUAUCCCCACCCCUUUUCUAAAUUUUAUUUUGAGACAGGGUCUCACCAAGUUUCCCAGGCUGGACUCAAACUUGCUAUCCUUCUGCCUCAUAUUACAGGUGUGCACUACUGCACCUGGCAUAAAUACACUUUUAAUAUGUCAACAACUACAAAAGAAUGAAUUGGAUUGUGACAACUUUUUUCCUAUGUGCUCCUAUCCCAAGUUCCAGAAAUGCCUAUGUUAACUUCAGUUUCCAUGUGUCAGCGUUUUCUUUUCUUGCUUUUGACUUGCUUUUGAAUUCCUCUGUAUUGUUAAGCAUUCAUUCUCACAGGAGAAUUAUAGUACUUUUUCCCAUU